AUGGCGGGUCAGUCUGAUGCGCUGGGUGAUAGCGAUCAACAAGGCACAUCGAAAGACCAAGUUCGACCAUCUUCCUCCUCACUCCUCGUCUACAUUGUAGCACCGCAUACAAGCCAGACAAUCCCGUUACUGCACACAAUACUUGCAAAACGCAUGUCCGAUUCUGCUGCGGCGAUUGACCUGCUCAAAAAAGUCCAACUAUUGCAGUUCUUCGAUCUAGCAGGCUUGGUCGAGAGCAUUGGGGAGGUCAACGAAAGCGUCUAUCAACUUUCUCAAGCCAUGCCCGGAAGCCACCGAGCCUUCGCAAGUUCUUCCAGCACAGAUCAGGACCUUCGCACCAUAGUCUUGAUCGAGGGUCUUGCUCCGACACUUACAGCAGCACAGAGGAGAAGUGGAAUCGUGUGGGUACAUGCCCUUCUCGCUGGCCUCAUUCGCAGUAUCACACAGCUCUCUCAGCUCACUGCACGGCCACUGGUGCUCAUCAGUGUGUUUGUGGGUGUACAGCUUGCUGGACAACCUGGGAACGAAAUAAAAUCUCUUGAAAGAGAUGGACAAGGCAUACCGUUGGAAUCGGCAUUCUCAGGCCCAAAUGGGGAAGAAUAUCGCUUGCUCUGUGGGAGUGCGAGUCUGUCCCGAGCUCUGGAAGCAUCACUUGAUCGUUUGAUUCAUGUUGGCGAUGCCCUGGGAAGAGUGCCAGCCCGGCAAAGACACCAGAGAUUCCCAGGCCAAUAUGUCGUAGAGGUUAUCAAGGAUAGGAUUGGCAGUACGUCUGGGUUAUGGACCACAUGGAAGGUACCAAAGCCCUGA